AUGUCAGGUGGUCUUGUAAUUGGUGGCCUCAGGCCACCAAACAGAGCCUCAGAGCUCUCGGCCAAAAACACUCGACAGUUCCCCUCACGCAAUUUCCCCUCACAAUUUCUCCGCAAUGGCCGAGCACCUUCCAAGGUUGCUAUCUUCACACCCGAUGAGGCAGGUCUCACCGCUCAUAGAAGAGGAAGGAGCACGUACCAGGCGGAUACGCUUCCGAGGAAACAACUACCAGACUCGGGCCAGGUAUCCGUUGGGCACGAUAAGAAAGUAUAUGCAAGAUACGAAAGAUAUCUAUAG